AUGGCCGCUCCGUCGUCGCCUAGCUGUAUUCCCAUCUUCAUACUCAUACUACUCUUUCUUGUGGCUUCCUCUAGUCCAACCAACGGUAACAGCAAUGAUACGGAUCUCGCCGCCUUGUUGGCUUUCAAAGCCCAGCUUGCCGACCCUCUCGGCAUCCUUGCUGACAACUGGACCACCGGCAUGUCUUUCUGCCACUGGGUUGGUGUGUCGUGCAGCCGGCGCAGACGUGUCACUACUCUUUCGUUGGCAGGCAUGCCUCUCAUUGGAUCCAUGGCAUCUCAAGUCGGUAACCUCUCUUUCCUCUCCGUACUCAACCUCACCAACACCAAUCUCACGGGCUCCAUUCCCACUGAACUUGGUAGACUACACCGUCUUAGGUAUCUCGGUCUUAGAGGAAAUAGGUUGUCAAACGUUUUGCCUAUUUCCCUGGGGAAUCUUACGAGGCUCGAUACCCUUGAUCUAGCUUUGAACCAAAUCUCAGGCCAUAUCCCACCUGAGAUGCUGCUAGGUAUGCCCAACCUUAGGAAAAUUAGUUUGUACGGGAACGACUUGAGUGGGCAAAUGCCAUCAGAUUUAUUCAACAACACGCCUUCCUUGACAAAAAUCAUAUUUGGAAAUAACAAAUUGUCAGGUCUUAUACCACACUCCAUUGCAUCUCUAUCCAUGCUUGAGUACUUGAACCUAGAGAUGAAUGAACUCUCUGGACCAGUGCUAGAAGCCAUGUUCAACAUGUCUAGGGUGCAAUUCAUGUACAUUGGAAGCAAUACCCUUUCUGGAACAGUGCCAAGCAAUCAAAGUACCAGCCUCCCAAUGUUGCAAGAGUUCAACCUAGGUGAUAACCAUUUUUCUGGUCAGUUUCCGACGGGGCUUGCAUCAUGCCAGUACCUACAAGUACUCUCUUUGUCCGGCAAUUAUUUCGUAGAUGUUGUGCCAACAUGGUUAUCCAAAUUGUCACACCUUAAAAAACUUUUCUUAGGUUUUAAUAACCUUAUUGGCUCGAUCCCAGCUUCUCUUAGCAAUCUGACCAGUCUUAAUACACUAGAACUCGCCUACGGCAACCUCACUGGGGAGAUCCCACCAGAAUUAGGUCUUAUGUCGGAACUCUCACAUAUGUACCUUGGAACCAAUCAAUUGACUGGUAAGAACAACUUAAUAGGUGGAGUUCCAGCGGCAAUUUCAAACAUAAGCAGCCUUGAACGGUUAAGUAUUUUACAUAACCUACUCACCGGUCCAAUCCCAGAAUCCAUUGCUACAAUGAAAAAACUCACGUGGCUUGAUAUCUCAAGCAAUGCCAUUUUAGGUCCUAUCCCAACACAAAUGGGUACGCUUGGGAAUCUAGAACGUUUGUUUCUCCAAGAAAACAGUUUGUCAGGCUCUAUACCAAGCAGCAUUGGUAACCUUAGUUUGUUAGAAGCAAUAGAUUUGUCCAAGAACCAAUUAAGUUCAAUAGUACCAGCUAGUCUUUUCAACCUCGAUAAAAUUGUCAACCUAGAUAUUUCUCAUAAUUCCAUUGUUGGGGCACUACCAAUCGAAGGCUCAGGUCUACGACAAACAAAUCGAUUGGACCUUUCAUCCAACUUCUUGAAAGGAAGCAUCCCAAUAUCAUUUGGGCAAUUCAAUAUGCUAACCUACCUAAACCUGUCACAUAACUCCUUCAAAGGCUCAAUUGCAGGUGGACUCAAAGAAUUAAAAAGCUUAGAAUCAUUAGACCUCUCAUCUAACAAUCUCUCUGGUACCAUUCCUAUGUUCUUUGCUAACUUCAGCCACUUGACUACCUUGAACCUGUCAUUCAAUAGUCUAGAAGGCCAAAUACCUGAGGGAGGUGUUUUCUCAAACAUCACAUUGCAAUCUCUGAUUGGGAAUAUUGGGCUAUGCGGCGAUCCGCGCCUACAUCUUACGCCAUGCCUUGAAAGACAUCGCUCAAGCAAUAGAAAAUUACUAAAAUUUCUACUCCCAACACUUACAUUAGCUUUUGCCGCCAUUGCCUUUUGCAUAUACCGAUGGAUCGGGAACAAAUUUAAGAAGGGUGAGCCCAAAGCUUAUGCUGAUCCAAUCAAUGCCAUAGGCUAUGGGAGAGUUUCCUAUUAUGAGCUCAUUCGUGCCACCAAUAACUUCAGUGAAGAUAACAUCUUGGGAUCCGGAAGCUUUGGAAAAGUCUUCCGAGGCCAAAUGAGUAGUGGUUUGGUGGUCGCAAUAAAAGUUCUUGACAUGCAAUUGGAGCAAGCAGUCCAAAGCUUCGAUGUCGAAUGUCGAGUGCUUCGCAUGGUGCGACACCGGAAUUUGAUAAAGAUACUCAACACAUGUUCCAACCUUGACUUCAGAGCACUAGUGCUCGAGUACAUGCCAAACGGCAGUCUAGAGACGCUUCUACACCGUACUCAGAGUACAAGAAACUUGGGUUUCCUUAAGAGACUGAGUAUCAUGCUCGACAUAUCGAUGGCAAUGAAGUAUCUGCACCAUGAGAACUACGAGCUGAUCUUGCACUGUGACUUGAAGCCUAGCAACGUGUUGUUUGAUGAUGAGAUGACGGCGCAUGUGGCGGACUUUGGUAUUGCAUGGUUGCUUACGAAUGACAACUCCAUGGUAUGUAGGAGCGUGCCUGGUACAGUUGGCUACAUGGCACCAGAGUACGGAUCACUUGGAAAAGCAUCGCGGAAGAGCGAUGUGUUCAGUUACGGGAUCAUGCUCCUUGAAGUCUUCACUGGAAGGAGACCAACUGAUGCUUUAUUUGGUGCACAAUUAACCCUGAGACAGUGGGUUCAUCGGGCAUUUCCUACAGAACUUGCCCAAGUCGUUGAUGGCAAACUAUUGCAUGGCUCCUCUCUUUCUACGGGUAGCUUGGAUAAUGGCUUCCUUGCGUCAGUGCUUGAAGUAGGCUUGCUCUGCUCCAAUGACUCGCCUAACGAGAGGAUGACAAUGUGCGAUGUGGUUGUGACAUUGACAAAAAUAAAAGAUGAGUAUACCAAACAGCCAGCAACGACAUCACAUAGCACAACACGCUGACCAGUUUUCCUUGUUGAUGUCUUCUAUCAUUUUGAAGCCGUACAAUAGGUUUCUCUACAACGUAUAUCCGUGUAUUUAAAAAAAGGGUAAUGCGGAGUUAAAAUUGCUCCUGUGCUAGCUAGGCUUGCUAGCUAGUUCCUCAUUGGCGUGCUUCUUCACCGACUCUGCUUCUCCGGUCGGAUCGCGGCGCUGGACGAAGGCCUUGAUGAACAAGCUGUGCUUCUUUUCAUCUUUUCUUGUUUUCGAUGUCUGUAAGCUGUCUUUCAGCACUGUGUAACUUUGUCGUUAAGGCGUUAUUAAUUUAACGCAGAGCUACAGCCUUACCUCUAAAAAAAGAAGAUUGAUGUAUUUGCACUCGGUGUGUCAUUGUUGGAGGUUGCUUGU